AUGAACACCUCUGAAAAGCCUGCUGAGAUGAGCACCUGGCAUCUAGUUGGGCUUGUAUCUUCAUUUACAGAUAUCAGUCUAGAUGACAAUGGCUGCAAAGUUUUGCCAGGGUGCAAGACUAUGAGCAUCCCCAAGUCACAGAAUGCCGACCAAGCGAGAAUGAACCGAAUUUCAGAUCUAGAUGAUCAAGUGCUGGUGUUUAAAUUUAAAGGGUUCAUCCAUGCAAUCGAUAAUCAAUGUCCACACUCAUCCUUCCCACUGAAGCAAGGCAACGUCUUCGACAUCGAAGACCUUGGAAACCCCAAUGGCGCCGGCAUCAGAUGUUUUAGGCAUGGAUGGAGGUUCGAUCUAUUUACUGGAAAGGCAGACCGCGGCAAUCAUGAGCUCAAUCUAUGGGAUAUUAAGCUACGGGAUCCUCUAACCAGUGAGAAUGGAGACGUCACUACGAUUUCAGAUAAGGAAGUCUGGGUGAGGCGAGCAGUGCAAUCCUAA